AAGAAGACUACGAUAAAGGGGCGAGAGUCAAACUUUACAUACUUUUUUUUUUUUUUUUUUUUUAAAGUUGAACUAGAUGCCCUUGGAGUAAUUUUUGUUUCACAACGACAAAAGAACGAUUGAUUAGCCUUAUGUAGUGUGGCUUUCUGAAAACACCCAAAGACAGCACGGAGAGGUCGGAAUGAUCUGGAACAGUAAGAGGUUGUGGCGGCCUCAUCAGUAGCUGUCACCACGGCGGGGGACCCUCGGACCUCCGUUUGCAGGGUGGUCAUCUACCUCCAGAGGGACAUGUCCGGGGACAGCUGCCUGCCCCAGCAUCACACCCAGUCCCACUGCAUGUCCCCAGCCCCUCCUCUGACCUGUCCAAAGACCAAGACCUCCAGCUACCGUGGAGCGGUGGGCUUGGGCAACAAGUAUGUGCGGCUUAACGUGGGGGGGACCCUGUUUUACGCAACGCUGCAAGUGCUGACCAGACAGGAAUCCAUGCUGAGAGCCAUGUUCAGCGGAAAGAAAGAAGUGUUCACUGAUAAAGAAGGUUGGAUCCUGAUCGACCGCAGUGGGAAACACUUUGGUAGCAUUCUGUGUUACCUGCGUGACAGCACGGUGACUUUACCCAAAGGUCGUCAGGCCGUCCAGGAGCUGCUGGCUGAGGCAAAGUUUUUCCUCAUCGAGGGCCUGGUGGAGCUUUGUCAAAACACCCUGCAGGACAGUAAAGAGCAGCCCAUGUGUGUUAUACCUGUGGUCACCUCCAGUAAAGAAGAGGAGAGGCUCAUCCAGUCCUCGACAAAGCCUGUGGUGAAGCUGCUGUACAACAGAAGCAAUAACAAAUACUCCUACACCAGUAACUCAGACGACAACCUGCUGAAGAACAUCGAGCUGUUCGACAGGCUCUCUCUCAGCUUCAACGGCCGCGUCCUCUUCAUCAAAGACGUGAUCGGAGAUGAGAUCUGCUGCUGGUCGUUUUACGGUCAGGGUCGCAAGCUGGCUGAAGUCUGCUGCACCUCCAUCGUCUACGCCACAGAGAAGAAGCAGACUAAGGUUGAGUUUCCUGAAGCGCGCAUCUACGAGGAGACUUUGAACACGUUGCUGUACGAGACGAUGCCGCUGCCUGACAACUCGCUGCUCGAGGCGACCAGACGGAGCUACAACAACUGUGGCUCCCUCAGCGAGGAAGAAGAGGGGCCCGGAGGAUCCGAGCUCCGAGAGCGAGUCCGUCGAAUCCACGUCAAGAGGUACAGCACGUACGAUGACCGGCAACUCGGACACUGAGACUGAAGACGCUGCACAGACUUCAGCUUUUCACAUCGAGGACGAACAUUCAAACAUGAGACCUGAUGAUGCUCAGACGUUUCUCCUGUGAAUGUUUCUCUAACUUACUUUCUUACCACUAUCUAAAGGUUUCGACUGUGGCCUAAUAGGUUUUAAAUCUGACUCUUAUCCCAGAUAGCUGUGAUGUCAUCGGCUCUGUCUAUAAAACUUUAUGAAUUAUAAAAUAAUUCAGAGCAACUUCUUCAAAUAUUCAUUAUUUGCAGAACAUUUUUAUUCUAGCAUGUAGACUAGUAGUAGAGGGUAAAUCACUAGUAUGCACUAUUUCUUGGAUGAAAUAUUGUAACAAUCAAAGCACUUCCACUCUUAAUCGGCAGGAGAGCAUGUUUUAUAUUUAUAAAUUAUAUUUUUCAUACACAUUAUAACAACAUUUACUACAGCCAGUCUGCCAAAGAUGAACCUGUUUUAGGUUUUUUCCCCACAAUCAGUGUGCCUCUUUUAAUCCAGUUUACCAUGAUGCCUUUCUCCAGUUGUGAAGAUAAAAGUUCUUGUUAUUCAACA